GAACGCUGUCAGAUGCUCUCACACCGCGAACGUUAUCGCACGCGUCUCGCCCCACAAAACUUUUACCGUAACCCAAAACCAGCGGGACAAAAACUUGUUUUUCAAUAAAACACGUACAAAUGUCUUCAUGUGCUACCUAAUUUCGGUUAUUUGAGUUCAAAAACGAAAGAAUAGUUAGUGUUCCUUCAAAGUUCCAGUAGAAAGUUUCUAUGCAUUGACAAAUAGCUAUGCAGUGUGUGUAAUACAAUUUUAGUUCUGUGCAGUGCUUGUGAUUUGAGCUGGGAGUUUUGACUUUAAGAUUUCAAAAGUCCUCAACUAAGAUUUGGCAGCAGUUUGAUUUGAAGAUCCUAGCUGGACGCUUUCAUAGGGCAUCGGCUUAUAAGAUGUGAAGCUAUGGCAGCCACUGACGGCCAAGUCGUGGUCGCGGCAGCGCGCUGGUCCGACGAGGGUCACUACCUCCGCGAGUUCGCCGCCAAGAACCGCCUACCAAACGUCGCCAAGAUCAUCAAAGGCCAGUAUGGAGGCCUUGGCGUCCCCACCCUACCAAGCCCAGGGCUUCAAAGCACCGCCCUUCUUAUAUCAGCUGGCAAGAGAAAGAAAAUCAUCGCCCAAGCCAUUAAACUUAAAGAAGGACGACGCAUGGUCAGCAUCGGACCAAGAAUCGCCAUUCCUGACACUUAUAGUGGCUAUUUCGAGCUAUUAAGCGAAGAAGGCAGAGCAGUCAGAUGCAUAGAGUCCGUAUCAGAACUGGCUAGAAGAAAGCUCGACAAUGGGUGCUUAGUAAGAGAACCAGUUAGGGUCAUCUGCGCUAAAACAGAUCAAGAUGGCAAUAUAACCGCUGAUGGUGCGAGAAAUCUACCAGCAGGAGAAGUUAUAAUGCCAAAAGGAGAAACAUUUUUAGGUAAAAAUAAGUAUCUCAAAUGCACUGACACAAAAGGAGAUACGAUACUGCUAAGUCUAGACCAGAGAGGUAAGUUUUCUGCUGUCGCCAAAGAGGAAAACAUCAGUGGUGUACAUACAGCAAAGACUCUUCUUACUAAGCGGUUGCCUAUUACCGUCAGAUUGGUCCACGGCACCACUCCAAGAGGCCUGAAGAGUGCAAGCCACUUCGUGCCAGAACUAAGACUGCUAUCCAUGUUCGAAGAGGAACAUGUUUUCGCUUUGCCAUUACAGAAAGAAGGGAACGCCUUAAUCGCUUUGCCUUUAGCUGCACCGUUAAAGAUGCAAAGAUGCAAAAACGAGGAGCAAAUUAAGAACUUCAUGGAAUUCUCUAGACUAGUGGAAAAGUGCAAUCGUUUGCUUGUAGAUGUAGUCGACAGGAUACACGUACUUGAUGGCAAGUUGGGUGACCCUAAGAGGCUGUUGAGUGCUCCGUUACAUGCGCCUCAGUUAGUCAAAACUGGUUACUUCUUGAGGCGAAGCGCUUCAACCGACACAGCCAACCAGCACAAGCAUUUAUCCCGCCACAGUCACAUCUACAGCAGCCAUAGAGAUGAGAACAGUGCCCCUGAUGAAUACGACGAGAUCGAUCAGAUCUACGACUACGUUCGAGGCUUCGCACCGCUUCCGAAGAACUUGAAGGCGUCUUACUCUAACGAACCCGCUCCGAGACACGAAUCAGCGCCAUCAUCCCCCGCCCCGACCCCAAUCCACAUGCCUUUAAUAACAGAAAUCAAGCCAGAACCACCCCCUAUAGAAACCAUACCGACAAAAAAGCCGCUCAACAUCCAAAAAGCCGAAAAAAGAACACGCAAAUCAACUUUGACGGCGAAGGAAGUGCCAGUCACUGUUUACAAAGAGAAGUGCUCCAUAGCUCCAGCAGCGAAUCUUCCCAAAUUGUACAUUAAGAAUAGUGUGAAUAACAAUAAGAGUCGGAUGGUUUUCCGUCAAAAAAGUCAUUCUCCUACCAAGGAGGCACCUAGUCCGAUCGCUAGUCCUGUCAGGCCUUUAACUAAAGGCGAUUCCCCGAUCUUCAACAUUCGCUAUAAGAGCUUAUCAAAUAUCCACCAAGCAAUGGAACUGGAUGGGACGUUGGACUCGAGUCAUUCAGGGGGUCGGACUUCGGGCGAUUCCGGGAACGGGCCGAAGUUACCCGAGAAACGGUCUAGGAAACUAAGCAGGCCUAAAUCCUUGACGAAUCUGGUUUGGGAGCUGAAAGGGUGUCCUGUCGAGACGACUGAGAAACCAAAAUCUAGGUCUAAAAACGAAAGCUACAAGAAGAUUGGGAACAAACUGUCUUUGGGAGCGCAGAAGCGGGUACCAACAUUGUACCUCUAAAUUACAGGAACUCAACAACAGAACGAAGAAGAAAAUGAAGCUCAUGAAGAAAGUGCAACUGAAGAAACUAGAAGAAACCGAAACGAACCAGAGAAAUUCAGAAUGAAGAAAAAACAUUUUAAUAUUAGAAAUCGAAUCAUAUUAAAUGGACGUGAAUUGUAAUCAAAACAUUCCACAUUUGAAAGGAAAAGAAAAAACGAAAUGAGAUUAUUUUGAACAAAAUUGUGUUAAAAAAAUCCAGAAAUUAAAAAAAAAAACUUUUUUUACCAAAAGUCCGAAUAAUUAAGUAAAAGAAACUUUUUGAUCUCUUAUUAUGAAUAAUUAAUCGUUAUUUAUGAUUUUAAUGCCAUAUUACGCUGUAAUUAUUAUUCAGUGUUUGUAUUUAUAGAGUAAGAUUUAUCUUAGCCCAAUUUCUUUGUUCGUAUACCUGUUAGUCUGCUGCAUUUUCAAUCCGCACUGGGCCCGCGUGAUGGUUUAAGGCCCGUUCUCCCUAUCCAUCCAUAGGGAAGGCCCGUGCCCCAGCAGUGGGCGGCGUUAAUGGGCUGAUGAUGAUGAUGAUACCUGUUAGUCGUGCGGCCGCUACUGUCGCUUUCGCAUCGGACAUUACAGCCAUUUUAAAAGCUGCCACAGAAACGCAGUUUGAACCAUCUGAUAAAGAUGUAAAGGCCUGAGAUGAUGAUGAUACCUGUUAACGUCAAAAAAGCUCACGUCUAUGUUCAAAUAGGGUAGUCAGAGGUACAUCGAUUGCAAGAUGAACCAAGUACCCACGACACAGCUUUCUGUUAGAACAACGAGAACCGUAUCGCCGUCUACAAUUGUCGAGCCAACUGUGUUAGUGAAAACUGUACUUGAGAUAAAUUAAUAACUCAUUGGAACUAAUUCCUGCAGACGCUAUCUAAUUUUAUUUUAAGUUAUACCUGUCAUUUUCUUAUCCGUUGAAAAAGAAAGGGACGAGUAAUCGACAGGCAUAAAAUUUAUGGAAUACACAUCAAUUAUAAGCAGAUAUCUAAAACAACCGUCUAAACAUUUUACAUCGGCCAAUAACCCGACAGAGUUAAGUAGACAGCACGUCAAACGGAUUACAUACCAGCGAGAUAUCUUUUUGAUUCGCCCGGGUUAUUCAUUCAUUUACUUAUUCUUCCUAAAAUUAGGAGCUGUCAAUCAUCCGUCCCUUUCCUUUUCGGCGGAUAAGAAAAUGACAGGUAUAACUUAAAGUAAAAUUAGGAGGUGUCUGCAGGAAUCGGGGCCAUUGAUGCAAGUCCGGACCGGGGUUCGCACUGGCGCUCCCCGUAUGAGAAGCAAGCCGGUAUACCACAGGACCACAGUGACAAUUUUUUUUUUGUUUAAUAAUAUAAGCUCGCGUUUGGCCUCAAUCUGAUGGUAAGUGACGAUGUGGUCUAGGAUCACGCUUACCUAACAAAUGCCUAUUCACUCUAACCUUGAAGACUCCCAGAUUACAACGAGUCGGUUAAUCAGUUGACGGCAGUCGGCAUUUCUUUCAAACUGUCUGAUUUCGGAUGUUUAAACUGUUUUGAUUUUGGAACGAAUUUAAAUUAUGACUAUUUAGACCAACAUUGAAAAUCGCGUAUUUUCGAUACUUGUCAGUUAUUAGCAGGUACACAGAACAUAGAAUUAUGCUAAGUAUCGUCAGAUUUCAAUCACUUGUAGUUAAUUAAAAAUAUCUUUAAAUUUUCCGAAAUUAGAACCAAAUAAGUGAGGUGCCUUACUAUGUAUUAAAAAAAAAAAACGACUUUUGUUCAAAAAUACAUUUUAAUUUCACAUUAUAAUAGAAAAGUAUCUAAUUAAGGGAAUAGUCACAAAUAUCUUUGAUAUGAUUUUAGUUAGAAUAAUAGAAUAAAGACCUUUUCAUAUGCAUUUAUAUUUUUUACUUUACAGUCGUAGACAAUUUUUCUUUGUUUUAAUCUACAUCAAAGAAGUUAUCUGUAGUUUUAAAUGUAUAAAAUAUAUAUAUAUGUAUACUUUUGUCGAAACAUGUAUAUUAAACUUUUAUAAAAAGAUGAAAAUUAUGUCUUAUCAUGUCGAUAAACGUCUAACCCUAAAGAGCUUAUUACACUACCCAAGCCACGAUCUUUGGCGGGGUAACAAUUUCGCUAUUUUUAUAUCUUUGCAUCGGCCCCGAUGGAUUGUCCAUGCAAUAUUGAUUGUGUCGUGAGAAAGCUCACGUACGAGGGAUCAAUCUUUGUAUUGAAGGACUUUCCAAUCGGCGUUCCCCAAAAACACGAUAGAUGGAGUUGUUAAGUAUUUUCUUGGUUUAAACUUCUAAUUUCAUGGAUAACAGACAUAUUAUGCAUCUUUUAUCUUUGUUUUUGGGUAUAAAUUAUGACCCUUUUUAUUACACCAAGGUACAAUUACAACUUCCACCCAUUAUUAUUCUGAUCAAAAUAAUGAGCAGCAUUAUAGGUAGUGACAUCAUUCUAACAUAACAUAACAUAACAAAUACUUUAUUGCACAAACAGGAAAAAACAAAAUACAAAACAAAAGAGAAAUAGAAUCACAUACACACACACAUAAUGUGAUCCAAAUAUCAAACAACAAUUUGUUUUUUAUAAUGCUACUACCAUUAUAUUACAUUUUUAAACAAUUUUGUAUCCCAGCAAUGAGAAAAUAGGUAAUUAUCACGUUAAAAGUGAACAACGCCAUCUAUCGUGUGUUUGGGGAACGUCGAUUGGAAAUUUCCUCAUUGACGAGUAGUGUUCAAUUACAACACUCAGCAGGCUAUGCACGGCAAAGGCGUAGCGCGCGGUGCGAAUUAUAUCGAGGGUUUGCACCAAUAGACGCAGCGUAAGCUGUCUACGUGGAUAAAUGUCGUAUGGCUAUUGGUCAAAGCUCGAUUAUAAAUCACGCCGCGUGCAGCUCGUAUGCCGUGCCGCAAGGACUGACGUCACUAAAAAUAUUUUAAUUUUACAUUUAAAACUGCAGUUCAUUUUAGUUAAUUAUUCCAACCUACAAUUCUUUUUGAAAGAUAACUUUCUUGGAGUUUCAAAGUUUAGCGGAAAACAAUUUUGGUAUUUUGAUACUUCAACAAAUUUAUCGCAAACAUUAUGUUGAUAGAUCUACGAACACCAGUGGUUAAUCUCAUUAGCACUUACGCAAUAUAGCCUUUAGUCUUUUGGAAAUAUCCAGUUAUAACUGCCUACUUAUUGUACUUAUGUAAGUUCCGACUGGAUAUUUGCAAACAGCAGGCCUAGCACACUACGUUAAACGCGACGCGGAAUAAAAUAAUGACCUGCAUACAAGCGAAUACUUACAGAAGAGCCAAGAAAUAAAAAAAAAUAUUCAUUGUUUUAAGUUUAUGCGGUUAUUACCAUAAUUAACACACAUAAUAACGGGUUCUUACCGCGUUUAAAAUAGGGAUAUGAGACUCCCGAUAUUUCGACACUGUUGCAAGUGCCACUGUUGCAUGUCUCAUCAGUCAUCCCGUCUCAUAUCCCUAUUUUAAACGCGGUAAGAACCCGUUAUUAUGUGUUUUAAAAAUGUAUUCAAUAAUAAAUUAAAACACCUAUGUCAAAAUAUUUUUAUUCAUUUUCAGAAUUUAUUGUGACUCCGCUAGUCGCUUGCUAUACGCAGUAUUAUUAUUCCUUGUUAUAGAAUAAGGAAUAAUAAUACUACGUAUAGAACGACAAAUCUCCGCUCCCCACCAGCGUCUGAGCUAGGAUUACCUCACCCCCUCCCCUACCCUCCUCUAACAUAGUUUAGACUUAAAUCGUAUGGCGUCAGACGACACAUUCAGAUGCGUGUGUACGUUAACGUCAAUGUGUGGUGUCUGUGUAAAACGAGGUUGUUUGUAUGAAGUGUCCGGGGUGUAGUAGUGUGCUAGGCCUACUGUUCGCAAAUAUCUAGUCAGAAAACGUAAGUAGGCGGUUCUAACUGGAUAUUUGCAAAAGACAAAACACUCUAGGAUAUUUUUCCGUUUUACUACCGGUGUGCGAAGAACUACCGAUUUACUCUUAUACUAUUUUGUAUUCCAAAUACAAUUCUGAAUGUUAUUAAGACAUAGCUAGGUAUCCUAAUUUUCCGUAAUUCCUAGAAUAUAGUUUUUAUUAAUAUUUGUCAUUAGUUAAUAAGUUCGUUUCAAUUGUCAAGCCUCUCGAUUGAUAUUGUAAUUCUUACGAAAUAAAUAAACGAAAUAAAACUUUA